GGUAAUCGCCAUUUCUGUGCCAUUUUACCCCUCCAAACACUACCCCCGCCCCAGGCGAACUGAGUGCAAGUUCAAGUUCAAGCCGUGUAUCGCUAAGAAACCCGGGCAGGAUCUUGCGCUGAAGUCCUGAAGUGAUUGACCUCAGCCUCCGGCGAGAGCGCAGUGUAUUCCUUGUAGCUCCGAACUUCGUUCUGUGCCGUUCAAGUGCUCCGUUUGUGGACGUGGAACUUCUCUGCAUCACGAUGAAGUGGAUGAUUCUUAGCUGCCUGGUCGUCGCCAUGGUGAUUCGUGCUGGCGAUGCCAUGCCGGAUAAGUACAAGGAUUACCCGAAGAAGGGCGGCUAUGUGCCGGUCUACAUUCGCUACCCGAACCAACCGUUGGGCUCGAUCAGUCCCGAGCUGGCCGCCGCUUUCCAGGAGAGUUCCGGGCGAAGCUCGCGCGGCAAGCUGAUCCAGGAAUUAAACCGUCCAGUACGCUUUUCCUCGGAGUCGAGCAGCGACGAGGAGCUCCGCAACGACAUCAUCACGCAGAAGCCGCGUGUCGAUUCUAUCAGCAGCGAAAGCAACUCGAACUCGAACGAGUCCUUCUCGUCGGAGAAGGAAGCGAAGGCGGCCAUCAAGGAGCUGCUGAAGAAGAUGAACAAACUGAGCAAGCAGGCCACGGUGAAGGGAAAGAAGAUUUAA